GCUGACUUAACAUUAUAAACAAAUUUGUGAAAUACCGGCCUUUAGUAACUUGCUGCCAUCAGAAUCGGUUCGUUCCUCGUCCUCCAAGUGGCUUUUUACAUCCAAAAAUGCGCAUAAAAGCUUUGGUGAUCAAUGAUGUUAAAUGGGCAGUGUCCUGCGUGGCCACCGACCGCCCAGGAGAGCUCAUAUUCUAUGGUUUUGAUCCCUACCUCGACCGCACUUAUUCGGAGACCCUGUCGAAAGUAGCUCUAUUGGAUCGUCUCAAGACUCUGAACAGUCGCGUCAAGUACCCGGAGGAUGCGGUCCGCAGUGUUCUUGUUAACAGCAAUGGGGCAGUGGCGACGGAGUUCAAGGAGAAUGCCACCCCGGGCCACCAUAUCAUGGUCAUGAGAUACGCCAUGGAGUUCUCCACGAUUCCCCUGAAGUGGGAAUGGCACUUGAAAGUCAUUCCCAAUGGCAAGCUCUUUGAUAUCAUAUUCUCGGAUUCCAUUGCCACCAUGACGGGGCUACGUGAUCUGCUGUCUCUGACCACGGAGCUGCUGAAAGCCAAGGACAAGGAACUGGCCCAAUACCGAGCCGAGGGCUUCGCCCUGCGUCGGACCACUGUGGUGACGAAACCCUUCCAGUACGAUGCCUUCAAGGAGCAGCACAAGACCCUGCUGGGCGAUGCCGAUGCCUACCAGCUGAUUGCCGAAGACUUCCAGGUGGCCGUGCCAUCUGUCACUGCCCAGAUGGGUCUCACCUCGCCGCGUUCUUCGAGCACUUCGGGCAGUAGUGCCGCCCCUGGCUCGUCCUCGUCGUCUGGUAGCUCCACGAAGCUAACUCCCCGGAACAGGAAGCGCAAGGCUCAGGAGAGCAAUGUCGUCUACAUGGAGCGCCGUGUCAUUGAGCGCCGCAGCAACGCGAAACAUACUUUCAAGAGCUCGCAGAGCUCCCAGGAGGAAAACAUUGACGACUACUUCGAGGUGAACGAGGGUCGUCCCCAAAAGCCACAAGAUUUUGAUGCCCAUUUGACGAGUGCUCCCCUGAAAUCCGAGGAAGACGUCAAGCCAGAACCAUCGUGCUCCGUCAAAAUGGAGCCGAGUACUUCGGAAACCGAAGCCGAUGAAGAGUCUCAUAUGACUGCCGUCCAUGGUAAUUCUGUUCCGGCUAAUCCCGCCAAGGAGGAACCAUCAUCGGUGGCCGACAGUGAGCACGAUGAGUUGGAGGAACUCAAAGCCCUGCUCGAUGAGACCAAGAAGAUCAUUGACAAGCACUCCAUUGACAAAUAAGAGCAGCACUUGCGACUUAAUAUCAUUUUCAUUAUAUUUUUUGUAAUAUUUUUCACUUAUAUUUUGUAUACUUGCCAGAAGGGCAGAAGUACCUAAACAAAUCAUAUGCAUUAUGACAUAAAUCCCACGUGAUAGAAGGAUUAUCGUAGAAUCUAAAAAAGAUAACAUUUGUCCAUCAAAAUGAAUCAUUUAGUUCGUUAGUCGCCUUGUUCGUUUGUGAUUUCUGCAUAGAAUCCCAAGGAGGCUAUAUGUUAGACUGAAGGACUGUGAUCUUUGAAUAAAUAAUCAUAAAAAUAAUAAA